AUGAACUACAACAACGGCCAGCAGUACAACCGCCCUCCUGGCCCUCCCCCCGGCCACAACCAGCAGGGCUAUGGUCAGCAGCAGGGGAACGGCCAGCAGAGCUAUGGCCAGCAGGGCUAUGGCCAGCAGGGCGGGAACGGCCAGCAGGGCUAUGGCCAGCAGCAGGGUUAUGGGCAGCAGGGCCAGCAGGGCCAGCAGGGCUAUGGCCAGCAGAGCGGUCGUUUCGAACAGGAGCAGUUCGGCGGCGGCGGCGGCGGCGGCGGCGGCCAGCAGGGCACCUUUGGCCAGCGUCCCCAGGGCGGCGGCUUUGGUGGCCAGCAGGGCGGCUUCAGCGCCCGCCCCCAGCAGCCCCAGCAACCCCAGCCCCAGCCGAACAACGACGCCGGCGACGACUUUGAGGCGUACGCCAACUACCGUCCGGGCGGCAACGUGAACAUGAGCGGCGUCAACCCCGCCCAGCACCAGCAGCAGCUCGGCGGGGGAAACCACGCCGGUAUCGGACGCGUCAACUGGAAACCGCCGACUGAUUCUGCCGCUAUGCAGAAGCAGAAGUUUCAGUAUUCGGCUUGCACGGGUCGUCGGAGGGCGUUGCUCAUUGGGAUCAAUUAUCGCGGACAGCAGGGCGAGCUGCGGGGUUGCAUUAACGACGUCAAGAACUUACAGGCGUUCCUGCAAACCCACGGGUACGACCAGGACGUUACGGUCCUCACGGAUGACAUGCAGGACCCGAACCUCCUCCCGACCAAGGCCAACAUCCAGCGCUGGAUGAGCUGGCUCGUUGACGGUGCCAAGAAGGACGACGCGCUGUUCUUCCACUACUCGGGCCACGGCGUCCAGGUCGAGGUGGACAACAAGGCCGAGGCGGACGGGCUCGGCGAGGCCAUCUGCCCGCUUGACUACAAGCAGGCCGGCAUGAUUGUCGACAUGGAAAUCUACGAGCGCAUGGUCAAGCCCCUCCCUUCCGGCUGCCGCCUUACCGCCAUCUUUGACGCGUGCCACUCGGCCAGCGCAAUGAACCUGCCCUACAUGUACUCGACCAAAGGCACGGUCAAGGAGCCCAACUUUGCCGCUGGCGGCGCCAAAGCCCUCCUCUCGGCCGGCAUGGGGUACGCCAAGGACGGUAACACGGGCACGGCGAUGAGCUCGCUCUUCGGCGCGGCCAAGACCAUGUUCAAGGAGAAGCAGGCGGGCGACCUCCUUCGCCAGCAGAACACGAGCGAGGCGGAUGUAAUCUCGUGGUCGGGGUGCAAGGACGACCAGACGUCGGCCGAUACGACCGAGGAGGGCCAGGCGACCGGUGCCAUGUCGUUCGCCUUCGUCAAGGCGCUCACCAAGAACCCCGAGCAGAGCUACAUCCAGCUUCUGCAGGCUGUGCGCAAGGCCAUGCUCGAGGGCGGCUACACCCAGAAGCCGCAGCUCUCUGCGUGCCACCCCAUCGACACGGACCUCGACUUUGUCGCCUAG